CUAAUACCCUUUUUGAAUGAUUAUUCAUAAAUUAAGCUUGAAAAUGUCAUUUUGUGCUUCUAUUUGUAUGUUUUUUUGAGUUAAUUUCCAAUUUUUUAGCUUACAGUUAGAGAAUAGCUUAUCUUGUAGACUCUGUUAUGGAUGGAAUAUGUUAAUUUUGUAUUUAGAAUAAGAGAAUUAGCAUUUAUAUAUCAAUUGGGUGUGUGACAGGAUAUUGAGUUUUUUUUUUUUUUAAAUAAAAUAAAAUUUAAAGCUCCUAGCUUUAUGCUCUUUGGUGAUUCGAACUCAUAAUCUUAGAGUUGGAGGUGGAGGAUGCUUACUAUCCGAGCAUUGAGCAAGCCCUUUUGUUGAAUAGUGAGUUCAAUGUUUAAGUUAGCUGUUUCUGUUAUGGAUAUUUAUUUAUUGGUGAAGCAAUAACAGCAUCAGCCAACCUUCACUACUUUCUCCACCAAGAAAUCUGACCAGAAAACACCUACUUUCCAGUUUCUCUACUUAUGUUUUCUUGUACUUUCUUCCACCCAUCUGUUUUUUAUUUGCCGAGGUCUAUCGGAAACAGCUCUCUACCUCAGAGGUAGGGGUAAGGUCUGUGUACACUCUAUCCUCCCAAGACAACACUUUGUGGGACUACAGUGGGUAUUUUGUUGUUUCUUGUUGUAAUUGGGAUUGAGGAUUGGGUUUCAAAGAUAGGUUCUUUAUGAUAAAACAAUAUUUUUUGAUAGGUUCUUUAUAGUUGAUCUCUUUCUCCGGCAAAUCCAAGUUCCUUCUCCUUCACUGGCAUCCUCCUAAUGUGACAAAUAUCUUGAUUUAUCUCUUCCAUUCAGACCACACUUGUGGGGUUACACCGUUUAAGUUGUUGUUGUUGUUGUCAAUAGCAGCAGCAUCAGAUAGGUGACAAAGAGAUGAAGUUUCUAUAAAUUGAUCUUAUACAUGGAGGAGAGCCAUGGCAUUUGCAAGCUUUAAUGGCUCUCUCAAAGAGAUAUGAGGAGGUGUUCUGCUUUUGUUUUUCCUUACCAUUGUCAAGUUUUGUCUUAUCAUCGAUACUUGGGUUCUGUGACAAAACACAUGUCAUUCUUUUCAUAUUCAACUAAUUCUGCAGUUGAAAAGCUUUCUUGCCUAACUUUAACUGCUGUGAGACCUUUUCCAGAUUAUUCGCCUAAAAAACCCUUCAUUAGAGACUCUGAACUUGUGCAGCACGUAUCGACUUCUAUUAAGCAACGUUACUCUGAGCACAUUCGGCGUGUCUUAAAGCCCUUUGAAUCAAAAAUCAAACCUGACCACAUCGUUUGGGUUCUCAUGACCAUAAAGAAUGAUUACAAACUGGUUAUAGAUUUCUUUGAUUGGUGGUGUCAACGGAGGGACCCGUCAAUUGAGGUACGUUGUAUUAUCGUGCAUAUUGCUGCUGCACAAAAAGAUGCAAGGACAGUACAUAGGCUUAUUCAUGAUUUUUGGGCAAGACCCAGUGUAGAUGUGACAGUUUUCUUCCCCCAGUUUCUUGAAAAGUUAAUAUACACUUAUAAGGAUUGGGGUUCUAAUCCAUUUGUUUUUGAUAUUUUCUUCCAAGUGCUUGUUGAGUUAGGAAGUCUAGAUUAUGGAAGAAAACUUUUUGAUAAAAUGUUGCACUAUGGCUUAGUUCUAUCUGUCUCUUCAUGUAACUUUUUCCUUUCAUGUCUCUCGCAUGAGAUUGAGGGGCACAAAAUGAUGCUAAAGGUCUUUCAUGAAUUUUCUGAAGUGGGUGUUUGCUGGGACAAUGAAUCUCAUAAUAUAGUGAUCCAUUCUCUUUGUCGGAUAGGGAAAGUUAAAGAAGCUCAUAACUUACUCCUGCAAAUGGAGCUGAGGGGCUGUAUGCCUGAUGUUGUAAGUUACAGCACUGUGAUUAAUGGAUACUGUGCUGCUGGACAGCUUGAAUCAGUGAUGAAGAUCAUCGAAGAAAUGCAAGUAAAAGGAUUGAAGCCAAAUGCAUUUACUUUUAACAGUAUAAUUCUUCUUUUGUCUAAGAGAGGCAAAGUGCAUGAUGCCGAGAAAAUUCUGAGGGAGAUGACUUCCCAGGGAAUCACUCCAGAUAAUGUUGUUUACACAACUCUUAUAGAUGGCUUCUGCAAAACUGGGAACAUAAGUGCUGCAUACAGUCUGUUCAAUGAGAUGCAGAGUCUUAACAUUACCCCUGAUUUGAUAACAUAUACUGCCCUUAUUUCUGGUCUGUGUCACACUGGAAAUAUUGCUGAAGCAGAUAAGUUGUUGAAUUAUAUGCUUGGCCGGGGGUUAGAACCUGACGAAUUCAUUUAUACAACACUUAUUGAUGGUUAUUGCAAGGCAGGGGAGAUAAAGGCAGCCUUUUCUCUUCACAACAAAAUGGUUCAGAUGCAGUUUGUGCCAAAUAUUGUGACUUACACUACACUAGUAGAUGGGCUCUGUAAACUAGGGGAACUUGAAACAGCAAAUGAACUUCUCCACGAGAUGUGUGGAAAGGGUCUUGAACUGAAUAUUUACACAUACAACUCACUUGUUAAUGGUUUUUGUAAAGCUGGAGAUGUGAAUCAAGCGGUAAAGUUGAUGGAAGAUAUGGAAGCUGCAGGGAUCUGUCCUGAUGCCUUUACGUAUACUACUCUAAUGGAUGCUUAUUGUAAAUUAGGAGAGAUGGGCAAGGCUCAUGGACUACUACGACAAAUGUUGCUCAGAGGACUCCAACCCACAAUAGUUACAUUCAACGUUCUGAUGAAUGGCUUUUGUAUGUCAGGGAUGCUAGAAGAGGGUGAUAAACUGUUGAAGUGGAUGUUGGAGAAGGGUAUAAUACCAAAUGCUACUACUUACAAUUCUCUUAUGAAGCAGUAUAGUGUGCGAAAUAAUAUGUGUAUGACGUCAGAAAUUUACAAGGGGAUGCUGGGCAAAGGAGUUGUACCAAAUGCCAAUACCUUCAACAUAUUGAUACGAGGACAUUGCAAAGCUAGAAAUAUGAAAGAGGCUUGGUUUUUGCACAAGGAAAUGAUCAAGAAGGGAUUCACCCCGACAUUAGAGACUUAUCAUGCACUCAUCAAAGGGUUUUUAAAGAGGAAAAAGUAUUCUGAGGCGAAAGAAAUGUUUGAAGAGAUGAGAAGAUAUGGUUUAUUGGCAGAUAAAGAACUUUACUCUAUCUUUGCGGAUAUGAACUAUGAACAAGGGAACUUUGAUUUGGCGCUUGAGCUUUGUGAUGAAGCAGUAGAAAAAUGUCUUGCAGACAAGACUGAUAAUAGGAAUGCAUGAUGGUUGUCUGACAUGUUUCUGCAUCCUGUUGCUGGUCAUCUUGUUGCUAUUUUUGGAACUAGUAACAAAAAACUAGUUGUCUUGCUCCCAAUGAUGCUAAUCUUUUUCGUGCUGUCAAGUCAGUUCAAGUUGUGUUGCUCUGUAAGUCGUCAGAUGAUAUUUUGAGACAG